UGGGUUGUUAACAUCAAUAUCAGAAUCAGAAUUUCUCUCAUUUCACUCCCACUGGGGACAUCAACUUUUUAUUUUAACAGUAACUGUUGCAAAGCAAUCACCAUGGUAAUCUGAGGGAGGAAUCACAAGCAAUUGUUGUGAAUCGAGAGAAAGGAACUACUGUUCAUGUGAAGUGAAGGCCUCAGUCACAGAAAAUCCGAACCCAACAAACAUAAAAAUGGUCGAGGAAAAUCCAACUGAAAUUAAUGUACUUAGUGAGGAUGGUUUGAGCACAAAGCCGCCACAGUCUGAGAUUAAAGAAGAUGACACUAACCAUCCUGCAAGAAAUGACUCUGGAAGAUUAAAAAACAGAAAGAACAUGUACAGUAUCAUUGGGGUCUUUCUAAUUAUCAUUGUUGCUAUUUGUAUUGGAGCAAUUGUCCAUCUGUUUCAGAGAUGUAGUGCAUGUGCCUUUCAUCCGAACACAGGUGUAGCUUCAGAUGCAAAACCUUGUUCUAAAAUUGGCAGUUUCCUCUCUUUCAGGGACAUGAUGAAGUGGAAUGGCUCAGGGGUGGAUGCAGCUAUCGCAGCGCUGCUCUGCAUUGGGUUGGUGAAUGCACACAGUAUGGGCAUUGGAGGAGGUCUCAUCUUUACCAUCUACAAUGCACCAACAGGACAGGUUGAAGUGAUUAAUUCAAGAGAAGUGGCUCCAGCGCAAGAAAUUACCCAAAGCUUGGAGACAGGAGGGCCGUCAAUUGCAGUUCCAGGUGAAAUCAGAGGAUAUGCACUUGCCCACCAAUGGCAUGGUCGGUUACCAUGGAAACUGCUGUUUGAGCCAUCCAUCACGCUCGCAAGAAAGGGUUUUCCGGUUGGUAAGAGUCUUGCCAUCGCUCUUGAAGCAAACAAAGUGCAAAUCGAAGCGAGUGCUUCAUUAUGUGACGUCUUCUGCAAGAAAAACAGCAACCAAAUUUUAAGUGAGAAUGACAUAAUAUAUUUUCCACAGUUAGCGAACACACUGCAAAUGAUAGCAGACUUAGGACCAAAUGCAUUCUAUGAUGGGCCUGUUGCAGAGGAUAUUGUUAAUUAUGUCAGUCAAUCAGGUGGACAAAUUUCUCAUUAUGAUCUGAAACAGUAUAAAGCAAACAAGGAGAUGCCAUUAAAUGUGACUGUUGAUGGUUAUACACUAUACGUUCCAGGUGCCCCAUCUGGAGGACCAGUGCUUGCACUCAUUCUGAAAAUUCUUGAAGGGUAUAACUUUUCCCGAGAAAGUAUUUCUACUCGGGAAAAGAAAGUCUUAACAUACCAUAGAAUUAUUGAAGCCUUCAAAUUUGCGUUUGCGGAAAGAAGCAAGUUGGAAUAUCCAACAUCUAGUGACCAUACAAAGGUCAAUGAAAUGAUCUCAAAAGCAAGUGAUAUUAGAGAAAAGAUCAGUAACAGUCACACCCAUGAGAAUAUUGAUUAUUAUGGGAUAAAGUGCUUUUUACCCGGCCAGGAUGGAACAUCUCACCUAUCUGUUGUAGCACAAGAUGGCAGUGCAGUGUCUGUCACCAGCACUAUUAAUGGUCGUUUUGGAUCAUUUGUACGUUCGAAUGUGACUGGGAUAAUAUUUAAUAAUCAGAUGGCAGACUUUUCACAAUAUGAAGAUAACAAGAGUCUACCACCAUGUUCUCAAAAUUAUGUGCAACCUGGCAGAAGACCUUUCUCUGCUAUGUCUCCAGCGAUUAUACUUGACAAAGAUAAAAAGGUGAAAAUGGUGGUUGGAGCUUCGGGUAGCGCCCGGAUCAUCACAGCAACUGCUUUGGUUAUAAUUAAUGUUCUUUGGUUUGGUGAUGAUGCUUGCGAGGCAGUGAACAAGCCAAGGAUUCAUCACCAAUUAAUACCAAAUUUUGUGCAGUUUGAGUCUGAGGAUCUGGCAUCAAAUGAAGCGGAGCUUCGCUUGUUCCGUAAGGAAAUAGAAGAUGCUCUAAAGAAGAAAAUCCAUGCGAGUGGAUUUGCCGAUAUGCCCUCAGUGGUGCAAGCAAUUGUACGAGAAGGGAAUCUAUGGCAUGCUGUUUCAGACACCAAGCGUAAAGGUGGUUGUCCUGCAGGCUACUGACAUACUCACAAAUCUAUUUAAUUCUAUUAUAUAAUACCAUUGUGUGAAACAUGAAGUGGAAUACUUCAACCAACAUGAGUAAGGUUUUGCCUGUGAGUUAUCACUGCUACAUGAAUUGCUAAAGACCUUAAUAUUGUGAACCAUGCUGAAACAUACUGGUGAAAGCUAGCAAGCCUCAUGCUAUGAUGCAUCCAUCAGGGUCUGAAAUCUUUUGUCUUUAAAUUAAAGGGAGCAGCUAAUCUCAGCAAAAAUCCUCACCAUUGUGGGCACAUUGAAGACUUGGGUGUGAACUGUGCACAAACUUCCAAACAUCGAUUUUGUUAGAAAAUGGAGCUUGCCAAAAAUAUUCAAGUAUGCAUUUGGCAGCAGUGGAAGUGCUAAAUUGGAAAUUCUAAUGACAAUAUGUCUUUAUCAAAGACUGUAAUAAUCAUAAUGUGGCAUAACAUACACUGCAAACACUGGAAGCAUAACCAUAUAAUAUUAAGAUAAGAUAGCGAGGUGCAGGUUAAAGUCUACUAGCAGUGAAGAGUGAAAUUAGAUGUGGAUCUUAAUUAACAAGCUGUAUUUAUUGAAUACUUGGCCCAUGAAAAGACAAACUAGAGAAUAUGUUAGAUCUCUUUAGAAGGCAAUAAUAUUACACUCUUUCAGUCCCUCUGAAUUAUUUUGUCAAUCUUUUAAUUAAUGACCCAUCACAGAAUUGUAAUUGAUCAGUGUGAUUAAUUAAGCCAUUAUCUUUAAUCCAAAGAUACCUUUCUGAGAUAAAAUAGAUAGAUAUACAUGUGUAUUUACACUCCAGUCUAUAGAGGGAAGCUACCUUCAGGAGGAAAUGUCUACAUUUACAAUGUUUGUCAAUAGUGAAACUUGUUUUGGGAUUGCACAUAACUAAAUAUACUAUAUUCUGCUGCAUUUAGUAAUUAAGAGGAGCGAGCAGUGAAAAGUAUUGAAUAUCUAGUCUACAGUUAAGGCCCGAUUUCAAAGCCACACACUUGGCAGAAACUGUUUAAUGCUUAAAGUAACUUGAGUAAGUAGCUACUCUGGCAACCCUCCUGUGAUGUUAGGUUUCCAUGAAUACAGUUGAAACUUUCUUUGAUUAUGUAGAUUAGACUUAAGUGACAUAAUCAGAGUGUGACUGCAUCUAACCAGAGGUCUGUGCUGGUCGACAAGAAACAUCAGAGACAUCCAGAAUGAUAUGUUGCUAUUAAUUGAUUGCUUUUUAAGUUUUAUUGUAGACCAAAAGGAACUGGAGAAGGAAAUCCGAGAACAUUCCUUUCUUCAGGCUUCCAUUCCUGUACCUCAUGGGCCACAUUACCUGUGCCCCCCAUCCAUAUCCAAACACUUGGCAAAAUGCCAGCAAGCAUUCCUUGUCAGCGCAGACAAGACCCUCAAGCCCCCGAGAUGUCUUACAGCUCCCCACUGGCUUCAGUCAGGAGAGAACUGGAACUGAUCAGAUUCAGGAGCUCAAGCCUCCUGAACCUUAAACCGGAGAGACUGGGUUCCCAACCCACGACUCACCCCCUCCAUUCAAAUAGGGUCUGCAACUCUGUUAUAAAUAAAUUCUCUUGUCCAUCACCAAAUGGCUAAAGAUUUACCAAAUGUGAGAGCAUGACAUAGAUAGCAUUGAAGAAGCUAAGCGUGAUAAAGUAGACUUAUGGACAUGAAUUUUUUGUGCCCCUCAAGCAAACUUAACCUGCACCUUCUCUGCCUCUGAGACACAGAAUGACAGAUGUUGUUUGGCCUGGAACUUUUGCCUCUUUCACAUAGAGCUCUGGUUUGCAUCACAUUUCAUGGGUCAUGAUGGAGUGGGGUGAGGAGUAUGUGUGCAGGACAGGCUGUUUAGAAGCUUUUUUUAUCGGAGACAAGCAGCUCAGCCUUCAGCAACAUUGAAAGGUACCUAAAACUGACCCCUCAACUAAUACACCCCCACCUUACAUCAAUGCCAUCCUGUAACCUUCGGAUUCCCAUGCCCCCUUACUUGUCAACUUUCUUGGGGGACACAAUGAAUCACUGGAUUAAAAUAUAUCUACAAUAAAAUAGAGCAUCCAAUUGUGGCUUCUGACGGAGUCAACACACUUUUCACUUAGUUCAGAAUUUCCCAAUUCCUCAGCAAUGGUCAUGAACUUUUCAAGAAAGUAUCUUUUUAGAGGACUUCUAAAACUCAUGCCAGCACACCAAAGUAACAGAGAGGAGGAAAUACACAUUUCUUCUGGUCCUCACAGUAGGCAGCCCAAUAUCUGAUGAAGUUCACUUGAGUUUUGCACUCAAGAUCAACCCAAACUGCAAGAAGGUUAACUCAAAAUGGCAUGGAGUAGAGAAGGCAAUGGACAAUUGUUUUUUUCCCUUGGCAAAUAAAACUAAAUUCAGCUCUUUGCAACUCAAUUCAGAUCUUCAAAGAGAAAACCCAACCCGUGGUUUCUCGCUCAUUUUACAGAAAAAAACGUGUUUUUUCAUUAUUACUGUGCCUGUUAAAAUUUGAAAUAAUCAAAUGUUGCAUAACUCCAUUUUCAUAUAUAUCUGAAUAACUGCAUUAGACCUUGUUUAAUUGCACAACAUCAAAACUCAUGCAGCAUUGCACAUUUUAAUUGUGCCACAGAAUAGAUUAGGAAGAUGGAGAAUGUAUUUUGGACUAACAGAUCAGCAUUGCCCAUAGCUGCCAUGCGCUAAUCUAGGUGUAUUAAACUCACUGUAUGUCCAAUGAUUUGGGAGGGAUUGCUCUCAUAUAUUUCUGUUCUCAUGUUAAUAUUUUUGGGAAAAACACAUCUAUUCAAUACAUAGGAAUUAAAGGUACCUACUUGUUCAAAUAUUUCUUCAAAUAAAAACAUAAAACACUACAAAUUCACAGCGGAUUGUUUAACUUACUGCUCCUUAUGCGAUCUUAUGUCCGAAUCAGGUUUGGAUUUCCUGCCUGUUUGGUAAUCUUUUUUUAUCAAUUUUAAAUCUUCAGAAUUUUCUUUGUGAUUCCAACAUUUCUUCCAGGAAGAAUUAAUCCUAACAUUG